AUGCCCAUUUCAUCACAGUACUUUUCCUAUACAAUAUUCCUUCUCAUUUUGCAGUUGUUGUUGCCUACAAUCUUGUAUGCUAGUAAUGAUUGCAUGUACACCUCCAUUAUUGCCUUCGGUAACUCACUAACUGAUACUGGCCGAUGCUCCGAUGGUCGACUCAUCAUUGAUUUUUUAGCUAAGGGUUUGGGGUUGCCAUUUAUACCACCAUAUGUUGGAAGCAAGGAGAAUGGCAACAAGACUGAGCUAGGAAAAGGUGUGAAUUAUGCGGUGGUGGGUGCAUACGCUUUGAAUUCAUCAUUUCAUGAAGCGAGAGGAGUUUUUAAUUUUUUAACAAAUGUAUCUUUAGGAGAUGAAUUUGAAUGGUUUAAACGAUCAUUGUCUUCCUUCUGUUCCAGUUUUUCACAUUGCAAACUAAAGAUUCGACAUUCUUUAUUUCUUGUGGGAGAGAUUGGAGGUAAUGACUACAGUAUGGAAUUAGUUGCCGGUAAAUCCAUUAAACAAGUCAAGUCAUUUGUUCCACUUGUUAUAGAUAAGAUCACCACAACAGUAAAAAAACUCAUUGAACUUGGUGGAAAAAUAUUUGUUGUUCCAAAUCUUUUACCCAUAGAAUGCACCCCACUUGCUUUAACAUUGUUUAAAUCCUCAGAUGCCAAAAUGUACGAUAACACAACUGGUUGUUUAAUCUCGAUAAAAAAGCUUGAGGAGUACCACAACCAACUACUCCAAAGGGAAUUACACAAAAUCCGAGUGAAUUUCCCAAAGGUUAAUGUUAUAUAUGCGGAUUACUACAAUGCUGCAUUACAGUUGUAUCGAUCCCCAACACAAUUUGGAUUUGUUCAACCUUUGAGAGCAUGUUGUGGUGGUGGAGGGCCAUAUAAUUACAACCCAUCAGCAUUAUGUGGAGAGCGAUCAUCAACUGUAUGUGCUCAUCCGAAUAGAUUUGUUAACUGGGAUGAAAUUCACUUGACAGAGGCUGCGUAUAGAAUGAUAUACAAGAGUGUAUUUAAAGGUUCAUACAGUAUACCUCGAUUCAGUUCUCUGUGCCCUGCCAUUGCAAGCUAGAUGCCGAUAGGUGGGACCAAAUAUGUUCGGUAGCAUCAACUUUCGAUCGCAUAAAAAAUAUCUAGUUAAAUGUGAUUGAUUAUAAAUAGUGGAGUCACUUUAGCUCUUCUUUUAGGGGGUUUUAAUUAAGUUCUUAAAGCAAUAAAUAUUUACUAAAUCGUUAUAUA